AUGUCUCCAUUCGCACGCUUGGUGACCGCAGUAUGUUCUCUACAGCGCCUUGAAAACUUCGUCGCUACUAAGAAAGCCGACGGCGACAAAAAUCGACAGUACACCUCCACACCUCGAGACGAAAGGGAACAAAGGUGCAAACGGCCCGGCGGAAAUUGUGAGCAUCUCCCUCCUGACGAACAUCGACAUCAUAGCGACCGUAUAAGGAAAUGCAAAGCACCAGGGGGAACUUGCGCCCACCUGGGGCCGCAUCAUCAUAUACACACAAGUGCACAAGAACGAAAGAGGAUCCCACAUGCGAAAGGCCAAGAUCGUGUGCAUCCUCGUCGCCGCGAAGAGCGAGAGAGCCCUAUCAUUAGGCGAAAGAACAGAAGUGAUGAUCCUCGGGAUGCUAGCGACGAGGAAUUGUUGCCAAGGGACAGCGUUUCGCAGCGAUCAUCUCCAAGAAGGCCCUCGCCGGAUGGCGACAGGGACGAGCCUGAUCGUGGCGUACACUGGGGGAAUAUAACGGACAAGAACCCUCAUCGUGUACGACCGAACAAAGGCAGGCAACGCGAGCGGAGCAUAUCACCUGAGUCUGAACCACGCCAGAAUCCAUUUGACGAUGAGACGGUUCAGAAUACGCAAAAAAAUCGCUUUGCUCACCGCGAUCCGCCGCCAAAGGAGGAGAGGGAAAGGAGCAUGGAUGGACCUCCAGAAGCCGGAAGUCUAGACGAAGGUAGAGAAGAUUUCAGUCAUCAAAGAAUGCGCGAUGAGCACGGUGAUGACAGCAAAGACAUGCACAGCCGCGGGUCUGAGUCUCAUCCAGCAUCCGAUCCGCGAGCACGUGGUCGAUCUAGUGAGGAGGAAUAUCCGGAGGAUGAGUAUGAGGAAGUGAGACGGAGUGAGGACACCACUAGGGCCAACUUAGGUGUUGAUGAAGCUGCCGAGCCUUACAUGAGUGGGGCGCAGGGGGCAAAGAAGGGAAAGCAGGGAAAUGGCCAGAAAGCUGACCAGGGAGAAAUGCCAGCCCCGCAAAAUUGGGGUUCAGGUUCGAGGUGA